AUGUUUGGGGACACAGCAGAUAUCGCCACAGCUGAUGUCAGGAGCUGGGGCUUAGAGCUACAAAACAUGAUGCAAGCAGGCACAGAAGAGGUUGUCCACAUGAGGCCGCUGAGGCUGGAGCUGCUGGACUUCCAGCAUGAGGGCUUAACUUCUCCAAGCACCUCCAUCUUCAAGGAACACACCAGAUGCUUGCCAGAUGUGGAGAGCAAUGCAGGUCACCCUGCCCUGCCCCAUUCCCACUCCUACAAGAUGAGUGCCAAAUCCCAAGACCCUGCCACUGGCGCCACCCAGAUGAGAGACUUGGGCGAGAGCUGGCCAGGCAGGGAGAGUCUGGUGGUCUUGCGUCAGCACCAGGAGCUCCGGACCUUCCUCAACCUUCUGGAGAACAGUUAUCUCCAGGAAUUCUUCUCCCAAGAUCCUUGUUUCAUGAUUUCAGAUAAGUACCUCCUGGCCAUGGUGUUGGUUUACUUCCGGCGUGCCCGUCUACCUCUCUGCGACUACACCCCCAGAAGCUUCUUCCUGGCAUUGUACCUUGCAAAUGACAUGGAGGAAGACCUAGAGAACCCCAAGUGUGAGAUUUUCCCGUGGGCACUUGGCAAAGACUGGCGCUAUUGGGUGGUAGACUUCCUGCACCAGAGGGAGAGGCUGUGGGCCCGCAUGGGCUUCCGCGCCGCUGUCAGCCGUGAGUGCUGCGAGGAGGUCAUGGCGAAGGAGCCCACUCACUGGGCCUGGACCCGAGCGCGGCAUCCCCACCAUGGAGCUGCUCAGAGGAGAUGCCCAGAGGCCCCAGUCCCCUUGCCUCGGGGCCCUGGGCUCUCACCCCCCUACUGCUCCCUCUGUAGUGUACGCCGAGAAAGCAGUGCCAAGCCCGGCAUCACCCUCACCCUCACCACUGCGCUGUGCGCGAGCCGGUUGUGA